AGCAGGCUCCCCUUCCAGUGCCAUGCAAUGAACAUGAAACAAUAGGAAAUGCUGAGGGUAGUUUUGUACAGUGGCCUAAGGACCUCGUGAUGUUAGGACAGGAUCCCAUUUCAUUGGAGAAUAAAAAAGUUCAUGACAAAAGAUCGAAAGAUGUUGUCACAAAGCCUGAGAGCAAAGGUUCAGCGACUCAAAAGAAUAAAGGCCUUGGUGACGAAAAUUCAACUCAAAAUUGUCGAUCCUUGCGCUACUUGCUUGAGCAAUCUAAUGCAAAAGGUACAACUUUUACUUUUGAACAAGAUGGAGAACCUAUAUAUGUGACAUACGAAGAUGUUGAUCAAUUUCUAAAAAGGAGCUGGUUAAACAUACCCAUCUUGGAAAUCUUUUCAAAGUACAUUGGGAAGUUGUGCAAAGAGCUAAACGAUGAUAGGUUUGCAUUUAUGUCACCUUCUAGACUAGUGAUAAAUCACAAGCGUGAAUACAAUCGUAUUGAGGAUGCAACUCAAUAUAUGAAACAUUUUUUAGUUGCAAACAAAGAUAAGCGUUUCAUCAUUGCACCAUACAUCCAAGAUGAUCAUUGGAUGUUACUUCUGUUUUGUUUGGAUGAGAGUGUUAUUUAUGUGUUUGAUUCCUUGAGAAGGGAACGAGAUAUACGGUUGACGACCCCGGCACGAACGGCAUUUAAACUUUAUGUACCACAAGGUGGAAAGAGAAAUAACACAAAGGAAUUUCUUUGGUCUCAUACAGAUGUUCAGUGUCCUCAACAAGAAGGAGGUACGGAGUGCGGAUUUUUUGUUAUGAGGUACAUGUAUGAAGUAGUCAAGCUUUCUCAAAAAAAUCCCAACAUCAAUUGGAAAGAGGGUCUUGGUUCAAGAAGGUAUCUAAAGAAGGAAAUCAAUGAGGUUCGAGAGUUGUGGGCUGAAUAUUUUACUGUUGAAUGUCUAUAAUCAGACAGACACUCUAUGAAGGCCAGUUCAAGUAUUUUGGAGAAAAGCACGAGUGAAGAAAAGACUCGGUCAUCAGUGGAUUUCCUAGACUUUUUCACUAUUGAUUAGUGGUAUUGACAUGUUGUAGUAGUACUUAUAUGAUUGAUGGAUGUAAUAGAAGUAGAUAUUACUAAU